CUCAUGGUGCCCACUGCCCGGCAGCGUGCGCCGCGGACAAGGUAUUUUCUCUGCAAGUCUGCUAAGUUUGUGAGUUUCUGGUUCUCGGGACCACCGGAAAUUGAUGGUAAUCUAAUUUCAAACUUUCUGAGCUUUUUUGUGGUAGAAUUUUCCAAAUUUCUUCCUACGCGAUCGGCGGUCUCCACCUUUCCACGGAAGUAGCUCGUUGUACUUCGCACAGGCACAUCGUCGGGCUUUCUGAUUUCAAUUGUUUUCUCCCACAGUAGUAGGCAACAGAUGGAUCCCGACGAUAGAUUUUUCUCUUGUGGCUCUUUCGGAAAGAGGGAAAGAGAACUUUUGGUGUAUGGAUUCGGUGGGAGGCGGAGAAAUAGAAGGCCGGUGGAAGAUGGACGGACCGCUAGGCUGAGGGGAUGAAUAUAAAAGUACAGGUGUCUUCACGGUCUCCUGCGCUUUCAUCCACCGCCUCCGCUCGAAAACUCGCAAAACUCGCAAAAUGAAAAUCUCACUCAUCGCCCUCACCGCCCUUGCGGCAUCCGCCUCUGCCACCGUCAUCCCCCGCGGCAACGGAAACGGCAAUGGAAACGGUAACGGAAACGGUAACGGAAAUGGCAACGGCAACUCCGGAUCUGGCUCAUCCGGCAAAUGCGACGUCGCGCAAUGGACCCAAGUCAAGGACGCUAUCUUUGCCAAGUUCGGCUCUCGGCCAUGCUCCGCUCUCGGCCGUGCCGCCGUGAGACUGUAUUUUCACGACGCGGGCACCUUCCAAGUAAGCGAUAACUCUGGCGGUCCCAACGGAUCCAUCAUGAAGUUCGCCUCGGAAGAAGCCAUGCCGGAGAACGACCACCUGAAGGAUGUCCUCGCAGCCCUGCGCGAUGUGUACGACCAGUUUGGAGGAAAAGUGUCCCGGGCGGACAUUAUCAACCUUGCUGGGCUUUUGGGAACGCAGAGCUGCCCUGGAGGCGCUCAGAUCCCCUUCUGGGUUGGACGAGUUGACUCGAACACUCCUGAUGAUGCUAACCGGUUACCUGGUGACACCGAGAGCAUGGACGGCAUCAUUGCCAAGUUCAAGCGUCAAGGCCUGUCCACAAAAGAUCUUGCGGCACUCAUCGGCUCGCACACCUCUGGCAAGCGCUUCUCAACACCACCGGCCAACCCCGUCGACGACACCACCGGCAAAUCCUUCGACUCUUCCCCCGAGGUCUGGGACGUUGGCUACUAUAACGAGACAUUAAGCACACCCGUUGCGCCUGCCGGUCAGGUCCGUCUCCAGUCCGACGUCGGCAUCUCCCGUGACCCUCGUACCAAGCAAGAGUUUGCCAAGUACGUUGGCCGUCAGGAUGACUGGAACAGGGAUUUCACGGAGGCGAUGGUGAAGAUGGGAAAGAACGGAUGGACCAACCUUGUUGAGUGCAAGGGUAUUGUGCCGGCGCCCAUCCCGUUGCCUGCUGGAACAGGCGACGCAUCUUGCCAGGGCAACAACGGAAACGGGAAGGGUAACUGCAAGGGUAACUAGAUGUUCGUAGAAGGACAGCCCGUAGACAAAUCUCCAUAGACAACCUUCAUACCAUAGACAACUCUCCUACAUUUGUUGCGGCGUAUACUUGAGCCUGUAAUUAUGUAAAUCAUAAGCGAUUCGGUG